AAACCUCGACCUUGAAGAUGGUGAGUAGCCAGCCAAAGUACGAUCUAAUACGGGAGGUAGGCCGAGGUAGUUACGGUGUUGUGUAUGAAGCAAUCAUCAGAAAGACCUCUGCGAGAGUAGCAGUGAAGAAAAUCCGAUGCCACGCACCUGAAAAUGUUGAACUAGCCCUUCGAGAGUUCUGGGCACUAAGCAGUAUCAAGAGCCAGCAUCCAAAUGUGAUUCACUUGGAAGAGUGCAUCCUGCAAAAAGAUGGGAUGGUGCAAAAGAUGUCCCACGGCUCUAAUUCUUCCCUUUAUUUACAGCUUGUAGAGACUUCAUUAAAAGGAGAAAUUGCCUUUGAUCCCAGAAGCGCCUAUUAUUUGUGGUUUGUGAUGGAUUUUUGUGACGGAGGAGAUAUGAAUGAGUAUCUGUUGUCCAGGAAACCCAAUCGAAAGACUAACACCAGCUUCAUGCUUCAGCUCAGCAGUGCUCUGGCUUUCUUGCACAAAAACCAGAUCAUCCACCGAGACCUGAAGCCUGAUAACAUCCUGAUUUCUCAAAGCAGGUUGGACACCAGUGACUUGGAACCCACCCUGAAAGUGGCGGAUUUUGGUCUAAGUAAAGUUUGUUCAGCAUCUGGGCAGAACCCAGAAGAACCUGUCAGCGUAAACAAGUGUUUCCUUUCCACGGCAUGUGGAACAGAUUUCUACAUGGCUCCCGAAGUUUGGGAAGGACACUACACAGCAAAAGCUGACAUCUUUGCUCUGGGAAUUAUUAUCUGGGCGAUGCUGGAGAGGAUCACUUUCAUAGACACAGAGACAAAGAAGGAGCUCCUGGGGAGUUACGUAAAGCAGGGGACCGAAAUUGUGCCUGUUGGGGAGGCACUUCUGGAAAACCCCAAAAUGGAACUUCUCAUCCCUGUGAAGAAAAAGUCUAUGAAUGGACGAAUGAAGCAACUGAUUAAGGAAAUGCUGGCUGCAAACCCUCAGGAUCGUCCGGAUGCAUUUGAACUAGAACUCAGAUUAGUCCAAAUUGCAUUUAAAGACAGCAGCUGGGAAACGUGACCUUCUGCUUGCAAGCACCUUAGAUGAUGUGCUGCUUCUGAGUCAACAGUGAUUCACCUUUACGUGGCCGAAAGGAAGACAGAAGUUAGACUUCACUUUCGAAGGGUUUAGGUUUUAUUGUGGGGUAAUCUUUUUUCUCUUACUUUUCUUACUCCAUGCAGACCAUUUUAUUGUAUGUUUUGAAUGUGUAUUACCAAUGUGGGUGUAAAACAUUUUUUUUUAAUGAUCAUUGGUAAAAGUUUGGCAGAAAAAAUUCUCUUAAGGGCCAAGCAGAGAAGCGAGUCCAGUUUUCUGGAAAUCUGUCUUUAAGUAUUUUAGACAUUCCUUGUCAGUAUUAGGCAUUUCCAUGGAAGAAGAGGUUUGCAUGCUGGUAAUGCAACCUUUGAAGCUUUGUAAAGGAAACAUAUAUGUAUAUAUUUAUGUAUAUGUAAGUAUGUGAAUGUGUGCAUUUUGUAUUCCACAUGAAGAAAAUGCCACUUCUGUUUAAAUUAUUUGAUAGAGGUUUGGGUUUGUGAGAUUUGCUGGUGAAAUUGGUGAUGAAAACUACACAAAACCACCCCUCAUCUUCUUCCCUGCUCCUCCCGAUACUGGAAAUAUGCUAAGGGUGUUUGGUUUUUCUUGUUUUUAUUUUUUGUUUUUUGUUUUUUUUUCCCAGUAUACAUCUCUCUUUAAAGGCAUCAUUUUGGAUGGUCUAAAAUGGCUGGUUAAACAUAAUUGAAGCUAAGCAGUUCCAAACUGGUGGAGUACAUCUGAGUUCUCCAGGGCCCUGUAGCUCUUUGAGUUGAAUUAGUCAUUCAGUCACAUGGUAGAAGGUUGGUUGGCAAGGAUGCCAAUGGCUCAGUCAUUACCUUUAGGUAACUGAGCAUUUGUUUAACUAAUUAAACCACUGCACUGGAACGUGUGUGCACUUGAGCAUCUGCCAUGACCUGAGGAUGGUAUUCUUCUGUUCUGAAAAUAUUGCUUUACAUGACUGUAAUACUUGAUGUAUUCAUUUCAAGUUUAAGACUUUUUCUAAGUCUCAGCAUAAAGUUGAAGGAACCAAAUGAGCUUACCCUCCAGUUGCUGGCCUUGUUGUGGCUUUUUGUUGGAUCACUGGAGUCCCUAUCACCUUGGCACUGAUGCUGUUUUCUCUUGUCUCCUGUGAGACAGUAAUGGGACUGGUAAUCACUGUCAUAAAUACUGGUUGCUUUUUUACAAAGUGGGAGAUGAUGCAGAGUUUGGCAGAUGGAUGAAAUUCUAUGCCAUCAACUGCUUUUUGAGUAGAAAAGUUGUAUGUUUCAUUUGGUCACUGGUGUUGUCUAUGAGAAAGCAAGAGACUCCUAACUCCUCCUGAAGUGAAAUUCUGACGGCAUGCUCAUCUCCAGAUUGUUCAUGCUAAUGCAGGAAAUUGAGAACAGGAGUCCUUGCUAACUGGAGUACAAGUCUCUAGGAUGAUUCAGAUUCUAGAGCUUAAUAAAGCUCUGCACCCCACAUCCAGGCCUGGGGUAGAGAAACUUGGGCCUUGGGCGUGUUAGGGAAGCAGUCUGACCCUGACCCCUCUGGGAUCUUUGCAAAGCACUAAGAUGCAAAAGUCAAAAGAGUAGCGGCAUUUUGACAUUGUCAGCACUUGUCAUGUCUCCUCAGCGUUUGAUCCUCCACACCUCCACAGGGCUACGUGUGGCUCAGGGGAGAGCCACAUCCACAGGGCUAUGUGUGGCUCAGGGGAGAGCACUUGUCUGGCGUGUAGAAAGCCUGCAUCCAGUCCCUAGCACCCUAAAAUCAGUAAGUCAAUAGAUAAAAUGUGUUCAGAGGGUAAUAAGAGAUAACACACCAAAAAAUGGAACAUGUAAAACUUCCAGAUUGAUUACAUCUGGAAGCUUAAAAACAUGAACUGAAAGGCUUUAUUAAAAUCUCAUCAAAUGAAAAAGUCACACACACUUCAUACCACUUGCAGACUAUUUAUUUCUAAAAUAGAAAAGUACUGGACCUUCAUGGUAAUUGACCCUCUGGGUCACCAAGUUGACACAGAUCUGAGUUCCAGGAAAUUAGAAAAGAUUCCAUUAUAAUGUAGUAUCAAUGACUUGGCACUCCAUUAGAUUAAUACAUGAUGUAUGCCAACAGUUCAUUUGCUCUACAAAUACCUGUGCACUUGAAGCCCAGUGUCCUGAGCACAUAGCUUUUGAUCCUGUCUCCUUGAAAAUAAUGGUAAUUUGGUUUGUCUUUUGUUUUGGUUGGUACUGGGAUCAUACCCAGAGCCUUGCAUGUGCUACACAAGGCUUACCACUGAGCUACAUGUCUAACCCCAGUUAUCAUUUAUUUUGAAAGAUUUUUACCUGUGAAAUACAAUUCUUUCCUUCAUUAGAGGUAAGGGUGUGGGGUGAUCACGAAAUGUCUUACAGAAUGUUCUCAAGUCCUUGUAUUCUAAAAUAGCUUAUGAUAUCAACAAAAGGAUAGUAAUUUCUUUGUCUUUUUUGUUCUUUUUCAGUCAGAGGUAUUUAUUAAGUACCUACUGUGUGCUCAGCACUAAAGUUUAGUUGAUAUGACAACAGUUUAAGAUUGCAGUUGGGGGGGAGUGCAGGAGGGAUGACAGUUUAGAAGAAUUGCUGCUCUUGCACCCAAGUUGGGUAUCUCACAGCCACCUAACUCCAGCUCCAGGGGACCCAGUAUCCUCUUGCUUCCGUGGGCACACACACACAUAAUUUAAAACAUAAAAAUAAACCUUUUUUUAUAAAGUGCAUUUAGCCAUGCACUUUCUCUGGUCACCUGUAAGAAAUAACGAUAAUUGAUACUUGGAAAUUUUGAGUAUUUGCUAAAAGAAAAAUGCAAUCAAGAAAUUGUGCACAGUGCCUUGCCCAUAAUAGGUACUCAAUAAACAGUUAUUCCUCAUAGUCUGUUGCCAUGGUUUCUAGUGUUUUAUGAAAUUUGUCUUAAUUGAAAAAGACCAAAUAUUUCAAAUAAAGCUUAUAGGCAGCUGUGUCCAGUCACUGUAGGGUUGUACAGUUAGUUCCUAGGAUGUUAUUUUGCACUAGUUGUCACUUAGAAACAUGGGGUUCUGUAGAUUCUUGGUGCUAAGGGAUACUUUGUCAUUUUGAUGAAGUAAGUGUUAAGUGUCAGAUAAAUAGCACAGAAUAGUUCUUUCUGCAGGUCUGGGUUUUUGUUUUGUUUUUCUUUGUUGUUUUUAAUUGUAAAAUGUUACCAAUCAAACUAUUGUAGCAGCUACAAAAUAAUUCACCAGCAUGACAAAAUAGUCAAAAAAAAAAAAGAUGUCAUAGG